AUGGUCCAAGAUGACCAGGACGACUUCGAGAUGGAUCCUCCUCCGGAGCCCAUCGAUGGACGUUCCUUUUUCUUUUUGAGCACACUCUUUCGACGCUGGCGCAAUCGCUGGAUGUCCUACCACAGUCCAGAUCCACUGUUUGCGGGUGCUGCCUACCCAAUCAAUGGAUACUACAAUUGUCCCAUCUAUGGGUGUAAUCCAGCGACCAUUGGACCUCAGCCUGGCUACUAUUCUCGUCCAGGUAGCUUCUACCCGCUGAGCCAACAGCAGCAGCAGGCUCAGGGCAACAGCAAUGUCUACAUAUAUCAGACCGAUCAGAACACGGCCAAUUCUGGGAGUGGUUCCCCGGCCGUUCCCUUUGGAUAUGGAAACUUUGGGGCUGGAUCGCCGCUUCGACCCGGACAAGCCUCAAUUCCCCCGCCGCCACCUCCGAUUUUGCCACCAUUGUCAAUGGGAGGGGCUUCCGCUGGUGCCGCGAGCUAUGGCCCAGGACAAGGACCAAUACCAAUACCACAAUUUGGCUAA